CAAGCGGCUUUAAAAUCAAGACUGAUAAUUUGGAUUGACAGGUGUGAUUGACUUACCUGGAAAAUUGACAUACUUAUAAUUAAUUUACAAGAAUGACACAAAGAUAUGCAGAUAUCUGAAGUAGCAUUUUAUUGACUUUUAACGACUUUAAAAGAAAAGGCUAUUCAUUUCAUAACCAGAUGGUAUACGUUGAAACUUGAGCUUGCACAUGCUCUCUGUGUGUGACACAUCAAAACAUUGACUCAGUUAUUGAUACAUAUCAUAUGAUUGGUUGAAGAUGGCCUCUGAAGAGCAUUAUGAUUUUAUAUGGAAAGUUGUUCUGAUAGGAGAUUCUGGAGUAGGGAAAACCAACCUGUUAUCUAGAUACACUAGGAAUGAAUUUGAUGCUGAAAGUAAAACAACUAUUGGAGUGGAAUUCUCUACAAGAAAUAUGGUUAUUAAAGGCAAGACAAUAAGAGCCCAGAUUUGGGAUACUGCUGGUCAGGAAAGAUAUAGGGCAAUUACUAGUGUCUAUUAUAGACAAGCUGUUGGUGCUUUAGUAGUAUAUGAUAUUACAAAGAGACAUACGUUUGAAAAUCUACAGAAAUGGCUGAGUGAGCUACAGCAGCAUGCCGAUCCUAAUGUUUGUGUUAUAAUAGUGGGUAACAAAACAGAUUUACGUGAUCAAAGAACAGUCACACAUGAGGAAGGCAGAGCAUUUGCAGAUGAAAGACAUUUUUCAUUUAUUGAAACGUCAGCUUUAGAUUCAUCGAAUGUCGGUGAGGCAUUUAACAACCUUUUAAUUGAUAUUUUCAAGAAACAAGUUGAAGAAUCAGAAGCUAAAGCUGAUACUACAUCUAGAGUUGUGCCAAAUGACGAUUCAACCAAUGAAAACAGUCAAGCAUGUGGUUGUUAACCAAUCAGAGGAUGUUUUACAAAUGAAAAUAUAUGUAACCUGUGAAGUGAUUGGAUGAAAUAUACAAAAUGAAAUUGCAUACAAAUAGCAUCAUUUUGAUCAUAUACAUGGAAUCAGUUAUUAAUUCUGUAUUCAAGAAAUUAUUCAUUGUUGAAACUAUCUUGAAAUAUAGAUAAAAACAUAUCUCAGCUGUUAAUAUGAUUGGUAGAAAGAGGAAAAUGAAUGACAGAAUCGGAAUAGAUGAGAUUUUUCACUACUCAAAUUAUUUCACCAUUCAAAUUAUGAAAAUGAUACUUGAAACAUGAUAACAAUUUUGAUAGAUAUUACAGAAAACUGAUACACAUGUUAAAUAGAAACUAAGUGCAUUUAAGGACAUUCAAACUGUAAAAAUUUAUGUAGUGUGUUUUCAUCUUUUGUUCCAUUUAAUUACUGUCUGUGUCAUGUAGACAUGUUAGCCACAUCUUCUCUUAUUGUUAUAAAUGUAUGAAAUUCAUAAAUCAGAGGGUUAUAUGGUGAACUAUUUACUUUCAAAAUGUAUUUUUAUAUAUAUAUUUUACUCAGCACAGCACAUGCUUCUAUCAUUAUAUUAUGGGAAAUGAUGUGUACAAUAUUUCAGAAAAUUGAAGUAUAUAAAAAUGAAAAUGGAAAUGGGGAAUGUGUCAAUAGGUCAUUUCUGUACCUUUAUUUUUCCAUUUUUAGCAAUCAAAAGUUGUAAGCUGAACCAACCAACAAUGCAAUUCAAUUACCACCAAAAGUACUAGUUUGACUCUCCAAAAAAUAGUGAAUACCUCUGUUAAUAUGGGGACGAAGACCCCAAUAUCAGUAGAUAAACCAUUAAAAAAUAAUUUCAUUGUACUUAUGAACUUAAAAUCGUUCAAACUUUUUUUUGUCUUGUUUUGAAUUCCUACAUCUGUGCAAAAAUCUACAAUAUACU